AUGGUGCCAGUUCGACAGAAGCGUAAUUCUCAGAGUAGUGCAGUUGUUAGAGGCAUCGAUGAAAACACCACGUCUCCAGGAGUCGUGCCUAGGGAUUGGCAAAACGCGUUUCCAGAGCUAGAAUUGCGUCUAGAGGCCGUUUUGGUCAGUUGUGGCGUGAGUGCUGAUCUCCACGCUGAAGUACUCGAAGGAGCAUUUCCACCCACUGGGUCAAUGCACAAAUUUGACGAAAUUGAGCUAGUGGUUCUACUAUCCCGUUCAGCCUCCCACGCUCUGCCAAUAUCUGCACGCGCGUACCUCCGUCUCGCGUGCACCAGAGUGGAUGAGCAGAGAGAGCGGAGUGCCAGGGUGAUGCAGCGUGGCGGCGGAGAUGGUGGUGGUGGUCGUCGUGGGCUUGCUUUCAAUGCCCCCCUGUUUUACCUAAUCCCCUCUCCCUCUCUCCAACUCUGCCUCUCCCUCUCAUCGCUUCUGUAA